AGCUUGCCACAAAAAAAUCUGCGAGUUCCAUCGAUUUGGAGCAAUUAUACACAUUUAAAAACGAAAAGAAAAAAUGACUGCCCCGCGACGUCUGCGCAAGGAGCUCGUAGAUUUGCAGGAAAGUAGUUUAAAAUCGUUUCGUGACAUCAAGGCCGACGAUGAUAAUCUGCUGCGCUGGACGGGCCUAAUUGUGCCCGACAAUCCGCCCUACAACAAGGGCGCCUUUCGCAUCGAAAUCAAUUUCCCGGCAGAGUAUCCCUUCAAGCCACCAAAGAUUAGUUUCAAAACAAAAAUCUAUCAUCCAAACAUCGAUGAGAAGGGCCAAGUAUGCCUGCCCAUAAUUAGCACCGAGAACUGGAAGCCAGCCACGCGCACCGACCAGGUGGUGCAGGCACUGAUAGCCCUAAUUAACGAUCCCGAGCCCGAGCAUCCACUGCGCGCCGAACUGGCCGAGGAAUUUCUGAAGGACAAGAAGAAAUUUGUGAAGAAUGCCGAGGACUAUACCAGGAAACACAGCGAAAAGCGUCCGGCUGAUUAGUCCAAUGAAGGCGAGGCGCCGGCGCCAAGCAAUAGCAAACGCAGGCGAUUAAUCAAACCAAACUGAAACCAGGAUGAGACACGAAUUGAAGCCCCAAUACACACACACACACACACAGCCCCACACAUGCAUACGAAAUUAACACAAAUUUUGCUUAGAACGAAAGAUGGAAAUAUAUAUACAUAUGUAAAUAUAUAUAUAUAUAUAUAGUAUGUGUAAACUGCUCCACGGAGUCCCAGUUUAUGCGAGUCUUGUCAAAUUUGUAUAAACUCGAGAAAUAUUUGUAGUAGAAAUUAAUUUGCAUUAAUUGUUUUUAAAUACAAAGAAAAAAAAGUUGAAAUACAAUAUGUAAACAAAAA